CCUGUGUGCGCGGCUGUGAUUGGCUGUGAUUGGACGGGGCCCGCCCCGCCCCGGAAGCGCCGUUAGCUGAACACGCGGAGCGUCCGGCCUUUCCGAGCGGGCAGCGACGACGAACAUGGCCAAGAUCAAGGCAAGAGAUCUGCGAGGCAAGAAGAAGGAAGAGCUGCUGAAGCAGCUGGACGACCUGAAGAAUGAACUGUCCCAGCUGCGAGUGGCCAAAGUGACCGGCGGAGCCGCGUCCAAGCUCUCCAAGAUCCGUGUCGUCCGCAAGUCCAUCGCCAGAGUCCUGACUGUAAUCAACCAGACACAGAAGGAGAACCUGAGGAAGUUCUACAAGGGCAAGAAGUACAAGCCCCUGGAUCUGAGGCCCAAGAAGACCAGAGCAAUGCGCCGCCAACUCAACAAGCACGAAGAGAGCCUGCGUACCAAGAAGCAGCAGAGGAAAGACCUGCUCUACUCCAUGCGCAAAUUUGCUGUCAAAGCUUAAGAGCUGUUUCUAUCACCAAUAAAUCUGUGGAAAAGAC